UUUUUGGCGACCAGCGAACGCGUGGUGGACAACGCGACUGAAACCGAAUCAGCCUUUUUUACCUUGAUCUCAAACAAUUUAUGAACAAAGCCUUCACAACUAUGGCCCCCAUACAAUCUCUCCUAGUUAAGCGCCUUAGCGAUCGCGCAAGAAUCCCAACCCGUGGUAGCAGCCAUGCAGCUGGUUAUGAUCUCUACUGCUCUGCCGAUACAGUUAUUCCUGCUCAAGGAAAGGCUGUUGUCCCAACAGAUAUCUCUAUCGCUGUACCUUCAGGUUGUUAUGGACGCGUCGCACCACGUUCUGGCUUGGCUGUUAAACAUCAUCUUGAUACUGGAGCUGGUGUGAUCGAUGAGGAUUACCGUGGCCCCGUUGGUGUCGUCAUGUUUAACUUUUCCAAGACGGAUUAUGAAGUGAAAGAAGGUGAACGUAUUGCACAGUUGAUAUUGGAGCAAAUCUUCACUCCUCCCGUGGUUGAGGUUGAGAGCUUGGAAGACACUCUCCGAGGUGCUGGAGGUUUUGGGUCAACGGGUAAACAAUAACCGGGCCAAUCAAGCGUAUGCAGCGUCAAAUUUCGC